AGGCUGUUUAGCAGGCCUUCGGUAUUCUUCUUCACUGAUUUUUUCUGCAAUAUUUAUUUGCCUUUUUGCGGCCAGUGAAUGUGGAGUCUCACACGCCAACAGACAUCUAUAGUUGUGGAUUCAAGGUUUUAUCGACUUUAAUGGCGAAGCCUGGAGGAGGCGCGGGUGGAGGCAUCUGGUUAGGUGUUCCGAAGCAGUGUAUUUUUCUUGCACUGCUGCUGAUUUUCUGCAUUUCCACAGCCCUUGCUCUCAUUUUCAGAUCUGUGUGUGACGAACAACAAUCUCAUCUUCACCCGCAAUUAAGAAGUUAUGUACCCGAUCAACAUAAAUCCUCCAGAGUGAGUGGCACGACUUCCAAUGCUCUGGACUUCAUGAAGUUGAAGCUCGUGCUUUUGGUCUCCCACGAGCUCUCCCUUUCGGGUGGUCCGCUACUCUUGAUGGAGUUGGCCUUUCUAUUGAGAAAUGCAGGCACUCAAGUUGUAUGGAUUACAAAUCAGAAACCAGAUGAAACUGACGAGGUGACUUACAAUUUGAAACAAAGAAUGCUGGACAGAGGAGUGGUGGUUUUGCCAGCUAGGGGUGACGAAGCUGUUGACAUAGCUCUGAAAGCAGAUUUGGUUAUUCUAAAUACAGCAGUUGCUGGGAAGUGGAUUGACCCUGUUCUCAAAGACAAUGCCCCACGUGUAUUGCCUAAGAUUCUUUGGUGGAUCCAUGAGAUGCGUGGGCACUACUUUACUUUGGAGUAUGUCAAGCACCUACCAAAUGUUGCGGGUGCAAUGAUUGAUUCCUACACCACAGCUGACUACUGGCAUAAUAGGACUCGGGAACGACUUGGGAUAAAAAUGCCACAGACAUAUGUGGUGCAUCUGGGUAAUAGUAAAGACCUAAUGGAAGCAGCAGAAGAUAGUGUUGCAAAGAGAGUUCUACGGGAGCAUGUUCGUGAAUCUCUUGGUGUACGAAAUGAGGAUCUCUUAUUUGCAAUCAUUAAUAGUGUUUCACGAGGAAAAGGCCAAGAUUUGUUUCUACGCUCAUUCUAUGAGAGCCUUCAAAUAAUCCAGGAACAACGACUACAAGUACCUUCAAUCCAUGCAGUAGUAGUAGGAAGUGACAUGAAUGCACAGACUAAGUUUGAAAAGCAGCUGAGGGAUUUGGUCAAGGAAAAUAAAAUGCAGGACCGUGUGCAUUUUGUCAAUAAAACAUUGAAUGUAAUACCUUAUUUAGCAGCAGUUGAUGUGCUGGUCCAAAAUUCUCAGGCACGAGGGGAAUGCUUCGGUAGAAUAACGAUUGAGGCAAUGGCAUUUCAGCUACCAGUAUUGGGCACAGCAGCUGGAGGGACCACUGAAAUUGUUGUCAAUAGUUCGACAGGUUUUCUGCAUCCUGUUGGCAAAGAGGGUAUUAAGCCACUUGCAAAGAACAUUGUGAAUUUGUCUCGUAAUGUUGAGCGCAGGCUAACAAUGGGAAGAAAAGGCUACAUGAGGGUAAAGGAACGCUUCAUGGAACAUCAUAUGGCAGAGAGAAUUGCUCAUGUCCUUGAAGAGGUGUUAAAGAAAUCAAAGCUUCACGCAUAAGCUUUUCUAUAUUCCCAUUCUAAAUUUUUUAUACACCACAAAGAUGGAAGAAUUUCCAAUUCUCGUUGGUGGAGACAACUAUUCAGUAACUAUCCUGACUGUUUCAUUGUUAAAGCAAUUGUCAGCAUUAAUGAAAGAGAUGACUAUUUACUUGGAAAUUGUCACUUAUUCAUCAUUCUAGCUUCAUAGAUUUGAAAUUGAAGCUAGGACUCCAACGAGGAUGCUGGCAACGGUUAUGGUAUCAACAAUUGUGUAGAUGAUCAAUGGUGACAAAUUACGGCAAUCUUAUUUCACAUGGUUGGCGAAUAUAGAGCAAAGAAGUGUCAGAAGAGUAGUUCUAUUCAUGCAAUACAAAGCUAAUAGUAAUGUAGUUAAGCGGGUGGUGAAAUACUUAAGAUUGCAGCUGGAAGAGCAAUUUUCUGUUGAACUUUCUAUUUGUUGUGACUUUGUGAAUAUUUCAUGUUUCCCAAGAAUUUUCAGUUUCACAUGAUGAGACCCGUUGUGUUUUAACUACAGCCAUUGUAGGUUAUAAGAAAGCUAUUAUGAGGUAAAGUGGAGACAAAAGUGGAUGAAAAAUACGUGCAUUACACUGUCUAUCAUUGUCCAGAUGGCUGUAAAAGAGGCUGGUAACUUAAUUGUCACACUAUUAUUUUCCAGGUGGAUAUAAAAAUGGCUGGUAACUUAUACUUUACACUAUUAUUUUCCAGAGGGAUAUACAAGUGGUUGGUAACUUCAUACCUUA